UCAAUUCAACUCAUUUCCUUGUUUUAAAUCAGCGCAGUGCGCCAAGGCUAUCUUUGCAAAAGGACAAAAAAAAAACCGGGGAAAAGGUUGCUACUAAUAUUGCUGCUGCCGCCGCCGCUGGUGCUCCCUCGCUUGGAGGAACGCGCGCACUUUCUCCUCGACUUUCUAGAUGUCGCUGUUGACCACCUUUGCGCCGCAGCCCGGAGUGUCCCGCGGAGCACGUGACCGGCGGGGAGGUAGCGGCUCAAGGCCAUUUUCAAAUCUCAUUGGCUUAGCUGUCAUGUGGUUGUGCAGAGGCAUCCACAAUUACACAGGGAAUGUUUUCGUAGAGAUGUCAGCCUACAAAGGACACAAUCUCUCUUCUUCAAAUUCCUCCCCAAAAUGUCCUUUCCCAACAGCUCUCCUGCCGCCAACACUUUCCUAGUCGAUUCCUUGAUCAGUGCCUGCAGGAGCGAUAGUUUCUAUUCCAACAGCGCCAGUAUGUACAUGCCACCUAGCACAGACAUUGGGACUUAUGGGAUGCAAACCUGUGGACUUCUACCGUCUCUGGCCAAGAGAGAAGUCAACCAUCAAAAUAUGGGUAUGAAUGUACACCCUUAUAUACCUCAAGUAGACAACUGGACUGAUCCGAACAGGUCCUGCCGAAUUGAGCAACCUGUUACUCAGCAGGUCCCCACCUGCUCCUUCACGACAAAUAUUAAGGAAGAAACCAAUUGCUGCAUGUAUUCUGAUAAGCGCUCCAAGCUGGUGUCUUCGUCCGACGUCCCUUCUUACCAGAGGCUGGUCUCUGACUCGUGCUCCAUUGAAAACCCCGAGGUCCCCGUCCCAGGAUAUUUCAGGCUGAGCCAGACCUACGCCACUGGGAAAACCCAAGAGUACCAUAACAGCCCCGAAACGAGUUCAACUGUCAUGUUGCAGUUAAACCCUCGCGGCGCUUCCAAACCGCAGAUCGCUUCGCAACUUCCGAUGGAGAAGAAAAUGAAUGAAAAUCCCAACAGCGGCAGCGCCUCCGCCGCCACCAACACCACCACCACCAGCAGCAGCCACCAUUCAGACAACUCUGCCAAAGUCUCUCAAGUGGAAAGUCCCGAGUCUAAGUCCACGCUGCAAGACGACAGGAGCUGCCUGGCUGAAGCCUCCGUUUCCAGCCCAGAAACCCAAGAGAAGGAAAGCAAAGAGGAAAUCAAGUCUGAUACUCCAACCAGCAAUUGGUUAACUGCAAAGAGUGGCAGAAAGAAGAGGUGCCCAUAUACUAAACAUCAAACACUGGAAUUAGAGAAAGAGUUCUUGUUCAAUAUGUAUCUCACUCGAGAGCGCCGCCUAGAGAUCAGUAAGAGCGUAAACCUCACUGACAGGCAGGUCAAGAUAUGGUUUCAAAACCGCAGAAUGAAGCUCAAGAAGAUGAGCAGAGAGAACAGGAUCCGAGAACUGACCGCCAAUCUGACCUUCUCAUAAACCGGUUCAACUGGGGGCUUGAAAGGAUUGAGACCUGGGCUCAGUUACCACCAGUUGGUAUAUAUAAAUAUAUAUAUAUAUAAUAAAUAUAUAUAUGUAGGAAAGACUUUGGGGGGGGCAGAGAC